UAAUUUUAAUAUCGGAUACCACAUACCUUCAGCCGAUUUGCUUUUGAGAGGAGCUGCCUCUGGCCACUUGCUGAAAUAGCAGGUACAGGUGAUCAAGUACUUAUUGCCACGGGACGUCUCGGGCAGAGGUCCUACCAGAUCGAUACCAAUCCGAUGCCACACGGUGUCCUUUACUUUAAUCGGAUGUAGCUGGGCAGAAAGUUUUUCGAAUUUCUUUGAGGUACGCUGGCAAACAUCACAACGCUUGACAGUUUCAUCGCAGUCUUCUAACACUCUAGCCCAAUAAUACCGAGAUGUAACCUGGAAGAACAACAGGAGCACAACAGUUAAUAACUGACAAAGUAAAUCGUCUCCACAAUUUAAAAGUUCAAGACAAGUAGCAUUGAAUUUUGUACAAACCUUUUCUCUCGUCUUGUCACGGCCGAAGUGCCCAGCAAGUUUGUCAGAGUGACAAGCUCUCAGUAUCUUCUGCUGCUCGUCUUGGCAAUGAACCCAUCUUUUAGGCUCACCUUUUUCUGGCCAAUGAAAUAAAGCGCACCAUCUUCAAGAACAUAUUUUAGCGCUUUCUUGCGCAAGUUUCUCUUUUGGUCUUUCGAAAAAUCGAUCGGAUAUUCGUUAUCGCGGAGAUAGUUAAAGACUUCGUUGUACGUUUUCGUUUCGGCCAUCGUUCAUGGAAUGAAUCAUAAAAGUAAUGAUAACACUUGUGGAAUUGAGUGCCCUUUUAUACAUAGCGAAGACAAUAAAAGUAAAAUAAAACCUUUGCAGUAGGCGGAGAAACUAAACUUUAUUGUGCUGCACACAGUAACAAUAACAUAAAUGAAUAAUUGCUGUAACACGUUCCACGCUUAUUAACAUUUCUAUAUAUCAAGACAAUGUAAUUAUCGUCUAAAAGCGACCUAUUGUCUAGUACAUGUUUAUCACUUCAUACCGAUAAUUUGUUAACAUUCGACUAGACAAAAACAAUAUCAAUAAAUAAGUUUAACUAAAUGAGUUAAACCGUUUUUUAUAUUUGCUCUAUCAGUUAGUAAGUUGUGAAACAUUUUAUAACCGCACUGAAAAUAACUUUUUAUGGUCGGUGCUUAACAGACCAAGCGCAACACUAACUAUAACUUUUACGCGUUAAAGAGUAUUAUGAGAACGUUUGAUUCAAAGUUACACACUUGCGGUACAUAAAGACACGCUUUUCAAGGCUUCUGGUGAAAAGCGCUAGAUUUCAAAAAGAAAAGAAUCUAGACGAGAAAAAGAUUAAAAAGAAAAGGAAAGAAAACAAUGUAAUUAGAAUAUAGCGGUGUCUUAUUGUCUAUCAUCUACUUUUUGUUAAUUCACCCUACCAAACACUCUGUUUUUAACUUGACAAGAGCGUGCUAAAAAGACUUGAAGUUUAACUUAAUUACUUUCAUUCAAGAGGUAAGUAGCAAGUAGCACAAACGCAACGCGAUGUUUAUUUAACGGUGCGCCUAAAAUAACAUCAUAACAGAAUAACUUAAUAAAGAAGUAAAUUGUUCAACCGUAUAAAAUUAAAGUAGGCGGAGCAACGCAUAUCAGUUGAGGAAAACGAACAGCGAAUUCCCGAUUCUUUCGAACCUUCGUGAAAAUAAAGCUUAAUUCGAGAAAUUGCGUUGACUAAAGGCUUUUUUUGAAGUUGUCGGAAGUUUAGAAGUCGAGAUUUGAGCAAUCGGUAUUUCACAAAACCAAAAAAAAAAACAAUCAUAAUUGAAGCUUUCACGCAUUCAACGGUUGUUAUUAUUUUAUAUUUCACACUUUUUCAAGAGAACUGGCAAGCAAACAAAUGAUUUCAAAAUUUACGUUUCAUUUUCAUUCCAGAGGUAAACAACAGACUUACAGCUGCAGGUUAAUUAAACGAAAACCUUAAAUUGAGACGCAAUGCUGAGAAAAAGAUCACGUCUACGAGAAUGUUUUAAAAUAAAAACCUACUUUCUGAAAAAAAAACUUUCUUUGAAAGCCUACUUUCUAAAUUUUUAUUAUUUCUAUUAGGAAGUUAUGUAUGGUAAUGUUUUUACUCAGUUUUGUUAAAGGGGUCCAAAUCCGCGGAGGGGAGUCCAAAUCCGCUAGCGGAUAUGGACCCCGGGGGUCCAAAUCCGCUAGCGGAUAUGGACCGGGGGGGUCCAUAUCCGCUAGCGGAUUUGGACCGGGGGGUCCAAUUCUAGGGGGGUCCAAAUCCGCUGGGACACCGGCUUGAUCCUCAGUAUUUCCUUAGAGGGAUAGCGCAUUUUGAGGUAAUUCUUUACGGCUAGUUCAUCAGACAAGUUGGAAGCCCAGAAAUAAGAUAAGAUUUACAUUUCUCUUUGAUACUGAUACCCAACCAAGGCAAUCAUCCGCCUCAAACUCAGUGGAUAUUAUUGAAUAAUUCCCUCGACUUCAUCUUAGGGAUUAUUAAUGAAUAUUCACCACGCUCUCAGCGAAGAUUUUUAAUCAUUCUUCCCACAGCAAAAGACAGGUUCACCUAUAAAGAUGACUUUGGAGCCAAUUUGAACUUUAAACCGAAGAACAACCAAUACUUCUUGGAAAGUAAACUAGAAUUCCUUGACAAUCCGGGUGAGUGGUUCUACGAGAAGAAAAAUGGCGUUGGAACCUUAUAUGUCAUGACCAUGGACGGAAAAUCUCCCGAGGACAGAAACAUUAGAGGAAAGGUGAAUCACUGAUUAACUACUGUUUUUUCACCCAUCGAUUUUCGUCAAAAUGCGUUAAGAAUAAGAAGGUAGCACGCUAGGAGCAGCCGAGUGUGUCACUGAUUUCCCUACCACAUUUUGACGUCGCCAUAACAAAGAAGCAAGAAUUGUUAUUGGUGACGUCAUCCUUGCGUUUUUCCUUCAAUAGAUCAUAGGUAAAAACGAUCAAAAUGCGCGCGUAAUUCAGCUUAUCUUAAAAUUCUUGAUCUCGUCUUCAUUCCGUUACGAAGGUUCAAGAAGUCGCCUUUCAAAUCACAAGCUCUGCGUACGUCAUCUUCAAAGAUCUGACAUUUUUCGCGACGACAUUACAAGCGCGGUCCUCCAACAAACUGGAAUUUCGCUCGAUUAACUUCAGUUACCCGACGUACAAUCGGCGCAUGCUCGGAGACACGACGCCGCCUCAAUGGACGAAGAUAAUGUCCGGACAAGGCUCGAUGAAGUUCAUUAACAACACUAUGUACGGAACAGAUGGCAUUGCAUUGGAGUAUCAGGGUGCCAAUGAUCUGGUGGAGAAUAAUCUUUUUGAGUACAACGAUUGGAGUGGAGCAAAUAUGAACGUUGCUGGGGGAGGUAAAAAACUGCGUUCAGGAUUUAUUCUCUUUUUUUCAUCGUGAGAUUGAAAGGAAAAGCUAUGUCUAAUACUGCGAUCAUAUUCCACUUGAGUGAUCGUUCAAUAGUUCCCCCAAUCAUCGAAAGACAGAUGGCAAAAAAUUCCAAGAGGAUGACGAGAUUGUUCAGAUUUUCAGGUUUAAGACGAGAGAUUUGAAAAAAGAUAGGACUUUUUCUAAAUUUAGAUAUUCAGGAGAGCAAAAAUUUACUAUGGUUACAUUAAGCAGCUCUUUUCUUACAGACUUACUAAUUUAUUAAACAUCGGAACUGAUGACCAUUAAAUCUUACAUUAAACGUUAGUGGCCUCUCAAUCGAUACUCAAAGGAAUACAAUAACGCACUUUCCAAUUUUUUCAGUUAUUUUUCGUCGCGUCCACCAUUUGUGAUUGAAAAACUCACAUGACAUUGGCGCAGAGAGCCAUCCCCUUAAUGCGUGUGUUUCAAGCCAAGCUCGUAAUUAGCAGACUUCAUAGAUCUAGUUUGGAAUUCCUCCUCCAUACAUAACCAUACAAUUUCUCUUUGUUAUAGUUAAAAUAUUUGGCGUAUUCUGUAAUUCAAAGCUGCUCAAUUCUCGUCAAAAAUACUCCAAUCUGCUUCGCAGUGUGUGUGUAACCAUUACCACUAAGAAACACAAGGUAGCUUUGGAAGUUCCCAGAUUCCCUAGGGAAAUAUUUGUCUCGUUGUAAAAUUAGUGAGUCCGUUUAGGAAAUACAAUUGACAGCUAUAUUCAUGAAAAUUGUUAAUAUUUUUAUAAAGGGGCAGGAACGGUGCUUUCCCAAAGUAUCGGUGACACGUUUAUCAGGAACACUCUGCGUAACAACGGCGCCAGCGUCGGAUUCCGUGCGGGAUAUAAAUCACAUGCUAAACUCAACGACAUCAGCCGAACCUGCUAUGGUAUGAUCCAACACGACGGCAGUGGAAUACAAGUUCAGGUGAAACGUCAAACGGAGGUGCUGUUGGAGCAAAACUGGAUUUACGACAGUCCCAAAUAUGGACUUCGCUUCGACGGGGCUCCUCCUAACAUCGGGAAACACGGCACCAUGAGGAGGAAUGUUAUUAGGAAGACAAACGGGAUGAUGGUGAAAGGAGAUAACCACACUGUGGAUCAUAACUUGAUCUUUCACAAAUUCACGAAGGGAGGCGACCACGAUGGACAAGGAAGUAAAUGCAACCUCUGCGUGCUUUGGUAAGAAAUACGUUUAAUUCGUAAAUGGCUUUUGUUUGCAGUGUCACGCAGUACUUCUCGGAGUGGUAAGGAAACUGAAGGUUUCGCCCCAUUGCAUGUUCACCCCAUUGCAUGUUCACCCCAUUGCAUGUUCACCCCUUACUGCCUUUGCCGUGAGUUCGUUCCCUGAAGUUAAGUAAGUUUGCCCUACCCUACCUUUACCAGUUCACACCCAAAUUUCUCAAACCACAGUGAAAUUUUUUUUUCUGUCGAAAUCAUAAUACAUUUUUUUUUUAACUACAAGGAGAGAACUUGCAAAGGUGGCAGGGGGCUAACUUGUAAUAGGGCGAAACCUCCAUAAACCCGAAUUGAAAGCCCCGCAUUCAACUUACGCAUUCUUAUAGAUGAGAUUCUCGCACUACCCCUCUCCAACAAAAAGUGCUUAUCAGUCGGUAGCAAUCUGCGAGGCAAAUCCGAGCUUUAUUCUGUGGGAAGUGUAAGAGAGGUAACCUGCGAUAGAUCACUAUCCUAUUGCGGGGCAAAAACAGAAACCCAGGUAAGCUCUGCCUAUAUGGUUCAGAAAAGUACCAUAUAUUUUGGAGUUUCUGGUAGUAUCGUAAUAUCCCUAUCUAUUUCCAGUCUAUGCUUCUAUUCAUUAUUCAGGUAUGUCAGAAAAAAUCCAGUGUCAAUCAAUCACAAUACCCUUGUCGAGUACAACGCGGCAGACAUCGCAAAUGGCGGCGUACACAACAAGAAAUUAUACCCCAUGAGCGGUGAACUAAAAGACAACAUCAUUGGUGACGUGCGAACGGAACUAGUGGACCCAGACAACAUGGACUUCCGACCUCGACCAGAAUCCACCUACAUCCAAAACAACGUGGGUCCCUACAGCUUUGAGGAGACGAAGACAAAGUACUGGAUCCCUGGAAGGCAGCUGUACAAAGCCAGCAAUCCAGUCCCUCCAAAUGGCUCCAUUACCGUAAAAUCGGACAAACGCGACGUGUUGAUGUGGUUGAAUGGGUUUGAGGCGGCCACCCAUUUUGUUUACCUUGGAACUUCGGCUGAUGCCUUAAAGCGACAAGGCGUGGCAAGAAAUGGAGACAACGUCCUGAAAAUUCGGCAAAAGCUGAAAAGUGGCACGAAAUACCACUGGCGGGUAGAUGCUAGAGUGAACACAAAGGUUAAUUAUGAGGGCGACUUGUGGUCCUUUGAAACGAUAUAA